AAAGGUUGCACGGCGUGUAGCUUGGCUUGGCUUGGCAAGACUAGGCUAGGCUAUGAGGUGGUUUGGCAAUGCGCUACGCUACACAAUAGGCGGGUUACCUUGCUAGCUGGCUGGCUCGUUUGUAGGCCAACUUAUCGCCGGGGCAAGCAACACAGCUACCGAGCAGAGGGAGAGAGAGAGAGAGGCCGAGCUAGUCACAAGCCCACGUGAAGCUAACUCUGUAGCCUAAUAAAAACGAUAGGGCCUAAGAUAACGAUAACCUCGUGAAGUCGACAAGUGAAGUCCUUCUAAGUUCUAUAGUCUACCUACUAGCAUAUUACUUUGUGUGGUCACACAGUUACUGGCUCGGGUCUUUUCCAACCAAACCAAGUCCUUUGCAGCAAAGACUGCAGCCUUACCGCCUACCAAUGGCAGCCUACGACCCCCGGGUCUACCAGAUGCACACGGCGGGAGCUGGCGUCCUCCACCCCGGCAUGAUGCCUGGGAUGCCUGGGAUGAGUCAUCAGCGCUUCCCUCACCAUGGCAACAACGUCCCCCCACCCAGCAGCCAGCAAGGAGGGAACCUGCAGCCUCCACAGUCGGCCGUCCACCAAGCUCCGAGACAGCCCAGUGCAGACAAACAGAAAGCAGGUCCUGGCUGGCAGCAUACAUACCGCAUGGCUCAAAGCAUCGCCUUCCCAGAGCCAAGUACAGCUUGCGGUGAACGGGUGGCGGGUUUCCUGGAGGACUUGGCUCGGGCGAUCGGCUGCCCGGUGGAGUAUGUGCUGGUGCCUCUGUUACCUUGUAUUGGAGGGCUACUGGGCACCAACACCACCAUCCGCGUGCACCGAGGCUGGAGUGAGCCGCCUAUCCUGUGGAGCGUCGUCAGUGCCAGUGCCGGGACCCGGCGGUCAGCUGUCAUCAGACAAUUAUUGUCUCCUAUACUGGCUCUGCAGCGCCUCGCCCCUCAUGAACGGAAGUCCUCCUCACCAUCAAACAGAACUGCGAGUGGAAACGACAGCUCCAAUAACAGCGAUGGCGAAUCUGCUUCUGAAGAAGACAUGUCCUCUUUCAGUAAAGGUCCCGCCGCAAAGAGACACCGUGGAUCUGGAGCUAGAUCUGAAAAGAGCAAACCAGUUGAGUCCAAGCCUGGGCCUCCUCGCCGUCAGAGAAGAGCCCUUUACUCUGGAACACGAAUCAACGCAGCGGCACUGACGGAAGUGCUACACCGUAACGACGGGCACGCCUUCAGCCUGACAGAGAACGUGGAGAACCUGCACGAGAUGCUGGGGUUGCUGCAGCCGGUGGUUCCCCCUCGCCUCGUCUCCGUCAUGGAAGAUCUGUACGAGGGCCUGCCUCUAGUCGCUGUGGAAGACGGUCGCGUGACCACCAUCUUAGGAUCCAACUUUUGCCAUGGAGGUUUCGCCAGCUCGGAGUACGCCGUUACCCUCAUGCUGAAGUGUCCCUCUUGGCUGUCAGCUCGGCUGUUGCUGUCCUGCCCACAGACCGACGACAUGAAGGGUGUGUUUGGAGAACCGGCUCAAGGUGCUCACCAACCAGAUCUGGGGUUCAUCUACGAGACCAUCCUGAGACACCAUGAAGAAAAGAACACGUACACAUUUAACCAAGAUGCUGUUCAAGAACUGAGCCGGUUUUUUGAUGACGAGUGGUCGACCGUGCUGAAUCAGCUGGACCAGAAUGAGCAUGAAGGUAUCAUCGGGAAGUCCAUGGGACAGAUUGUUCGAAUCAGCAGUGUUCUCAAGGCAUUAGACAACAGUGUUAGGCUUUGUGAAAAUAUGGAGACAAACUCCGAGUCACCUCCUGAGUGGGACUGGGUCAUUGACCCUUACACGGUGAAAUGUGCCAUAACUCUGGGGAAGUACUUCCUAGAACAAAAGCUGGCCAUGACGUUUAUGGUGGGAACCGGGUUCUUCACAUCAUCAGCAAUGGAAAGCUCAAUGAAUGGAGGGAGUGACAAUAACAGCUUUCAAGAUUCCAUGACUUUACCUCAAACUGCAUUAGGUGAGAGUUCUAUGAAUGAUCAACUUGACUCUCAGGCUGGUUCCAGUCAGCAGACUCCUCACUCUUCAGCUUCUUCAUCUCCCCAUGGGGCAAUGGUGCCAGGCCGUUCUCAAAGAACAGGAAGCCAGGAUUCAAUGCCCUCAAUAUCUCAGGUCGUAUUUGGCGCUCAGGCCACAAAUCAGCAGGCGCUCUCCCUUUACGACUUGCCUAAGCCUCCCGGCCCAGAAGGAGAUGUGGAUUACAAGAACUUGCCUCACACAAUGACCACACUGGAGGAGGAUGUCAGUGAAAUGAUGCAAGCCGUAGAUUUUGUCCACUUCUCAAAGACUCAGUUUGUGGCCGUGCACGGGAGAAGAAUUAAGAGACUCCUUGAAUGCUACGAUGAUGGGCACGGCGUGUCCGCUACCACCGCUGCUCAGAAGUCGAUCACCCCACCUGUGCGAAUCGAGGGCACUAACAACAGACAUCCUGCAUGGGCGAGCGCGUUGUUCUUUCAGAAGGUAGCUGACCUACAACUGGGCAGUGCCGAACAGGGACGGCACCCAACCAACAGGAAGGUGUGUUGGCGUUUCAAAAGGAAGCCCCUCAGCCAGCUCAACGAGAAGGAUUUCCAGCUUCUCAACUACUUGAGAGUUGAUAUGGAAAAAUACUCUCAGUUUGGAUCCAGUCCACUGAACCCCACCAUGAUGGUGAACUGCGGUCUGAUCAGCCUGAACCAGAACAAUAGCCCAGGGCCAAGUCAGCGCAUGCCAGCUGGGCUCGAUGAAGACUCGAGCAGUCAGCCCAGUGCCGCGAGCAACUCAAGUACACCCAAUAUCAAAUCGGAAGUCUUUUGACACUCGUCAUUUUGAAAUUGAAAUACGUUCAGUUGCAUUGAUGAUCACCCAGAGGAUUUCAUGGCUUCCAUCUUGUUUUUCUUUCAUUCUUGAAAGGAGACGGGAGGGGGAACACUAACCCACUCUGUGAUUAUAUUAUGUGUAUCUUAUGUAACUUUUCAAAACUAUGAGACUGAUUUCAUGAACAGACAAGUUGUAUAGAUAUGCCAUACUGGUCAUGUAUAACUGACUAAUAAUUAAAUGUGUUGUUGGAAUUACAAUUCAUUUUGCCACGGAUAUAAUACGAAUCACGAAGUGAGUUGGAUGGGAAAAAUCAAAACUUUUCCUUUGACUUCUGUUCAAAUGUUUAUGAAAAGAUCACAGUUAGAAACGAAUCGUUCAACCCAUUAAGCUGCUGGCACAUUUUUUUUAGAUUAGAAAAGUGAAAAGGAACCGAUUUUUCUCAACAUACUUUUAUCAAUUGUCCAUUUUGAUAAGCUUACUUGCUGGAUUUUUGUCCUUGGGCUCCUAACAGAGUUUUCAAGGAAUUAAAACCGGAGAGGCUGAUGUACACAUCACUCUGAUGUGUAGCGUACAUCAUGUACAUAAAUGGUAGUGACUGAUCAUGGCAUCAUGUAUUUCAUUUUGCAUAUUAAUAGUAGCAGGCUUCAAUAUUCAUUUUCUAAAGUUGCCAACAAAGACAAAGCCCCAUUUCUCACGUACGUAGAGCUGUGCUACUCCAUACCACUUUCCCAUAGCAGCAUUGUCUGUCCUUUUCAUGGAAUAACAGUUUUGUUAUCCUUGGACGGAGAGUUGGUUUCUGAAAGCGGGGCUGGCUGGUAAGGUCAAGUCAGUCAGUUUUCAGCAUAGAUAGACUCGAUUGUUUUGGGGGUUUUAAAUUAUCACAGUGUUUGAUCACUUGCUUGUACAUUGCAAUAUAAUUUUUUUUUCUCCGAAAUCUGUCACUUAUAGUGUUUGAACCUUAUUACAGGAGCCCAACCAAGGGUGUAUUGUUUUGAGUUGCUAAUGCUGUUCUUCCAUUGCCGUGGUUAAGACGUUUUAAAUAUCUUGUUCUUUUUAUACUUGUCUUUCACAAGACAUAAUACUUUAUUUGACUGAUGACGAUCACAAAGACAUUUCAACUGAAUAGUUUCGUAAGCUUCAAGCAUAGAGAAUAUGUGCAGCAAAGUUGGAAGUAAAUGGUGUAUGCAAUGGUGCAGCAUUCGCUUUGACUUUAACGUCUAAAGAUAAAAUUGUUUCUCGAAUUGUUCAUUAUAAUUAAACACUUCACGAGAAUGGCCUAAUCUAGCGCUAAGGAGUUAGAGGAGGUAAAGAUAUCACCCCUUCCUGUACCAAUUUUUCCUUACGUCUGUGAGGGUGUGUGUGUGGGGGGGGGGUGUCUGUGUGUGUGUGCUUGUGGAAAGAGAGGGAGAGAGAGGGGGCGGGGGAGAGAGAGAGAGGCAUAAUUAUGCAUUAUAGUAUUAUUCCAUGAACAUGUCAAUGACCUGGGUUUUUGAAACUCGUGCAUAAUAAUAUGUUCUUCAAAAGUUAUUAUUAUUAUUUUUUAUUUUUUUUAGGGGAAGAGUGGUGGUAUACAAACAAUGUUGGUACGAAUUAUGUAUCUCAAAGAAUACACCACACUGCGUUUUGAUGUUCAAAAUACUUUAUAUUAUGCAAUAAAUAUUGUUUAAUUAAGUCUAUAAACACAU